AUGUUCCACUAUCUGCAGGCCUUCCUGACCAGGCUCUCUGCAGAUGAUCUGCAGGGCCGUCUAGCAUGUGUGGGGCGCUACCAACAGUGGAUGUCGCAGUGCCGAGCACGACGUGUCACGCCGAGAACGCCAGAUCUUCCUGCCGACUGGGGGCAGUGCAUUUCGGACGACGCAGCGUCUCCGGAUUUCUUGCCCCUGCCAGGGAGCCCUCUACAGAUCAAGGACCUUCGCCGAGAAGGCAGUGGUGAGCCAGUUUUCCGCCGCAUCCUGGAGGCAUCCACUUUCACCAAGGUGCUUGCCGUGGGGAAGGAAAGCUCGGCUUCCGCUACGGGGCUGCUGGUGGCGAUGCUGCAAGACGCCAUCGGCUCGAUGUACCUGGAGCAAGUCGCCGCGGACGACUCUUGCGUGGUGGCCGUCGAGGUCCUCGUAGAUUUGCGGCCCAUGCUGGAGAAGGAGGCGACCGUGGUCCAGGCCAUUGCCACUGUGACGACUGCCGCGGAGGUCGCG